UAAUUCCGUCAUGAAUGUCAAUCAUCAAUGUAUUCUAUAGAUAACAAACUAAUUCAGUCGGUUCAGUCUGCUUGUCAAUGUCUAAUAGUGAUCUUGUUAGUGCUUUGGUAUAUUUCCAUCCUCUUAAAAUUUAUUUUAAUUCCUGAAAGAAAUGUCUAAUGACAACGCUUUGGAUUUACAUCAUGUGCACCAAUGCUUUCAACGGAGCCUCAAAGAGGAGGACGACGUUGUCAUAGAAGCAUACAUAGACGGUUAUAAUGAACUGGUUAAAUUUCUAAAUUUAAUCGGUACAGUAUUUUCGUUUGUGAGCAGUGAUGUUAAAAGUAAAAUAAAGGUGAUGGAGAAACAUCGUGAAGGCGAAAAUGCAGUUUAUUAUGAAUCGUUUAAGAAAAUGAUGACAUAUGAAAAGGAUGCUAAUUUGCAUGAAAAGAACGGUUUUGUAUCAGGCUCCAGAACAAUGCUCCGUUUGCAUAGAGGAUUGGAUUUCAUAAGAAUGUUCCUGAAGCGUCUCGGUGAAGCAGAUGAAGCAAUGAACACGUGUACAACAUGUCAAGGGACUUAUAAUGAGACGUUAGCGGAGUUCCAUCCCUGGUACAUAAGGAAGGCGGCAACGUUAGCCAUGCAUGCGCUUCCGUCGCGACCAGAUUUAUUGAAAAAGGUGUUCGGAACAGAUGACAGCUUAACCGCCGCCAUGACAGUGUUGCCACAUACGCUAUCCUCUUGCGACGAAGUAUACAGGCGAGUCGAACAAUUAUAUACGGACUUUGAUUUCCAUGGCCUACCCUAGAGACGCUGCCGCUUCAUUAAAAAUAAAACUAAUUAUUUUCUUUAUUUUUUGUAAGUAUUGAGUGUUUUUCGAGUUUUAAAAUUAUAUCGGCUGUGCUAAUGUGCUUAAAACAAUAGAAUUAUUUAGUAUUUUAAGUUUUGUUCAGAUUUAUAUAUAUAAUUUGUAGUAGAUAUUAAAUAAGAGCUACGACGAUUUUAGAAAAAUUAUUAAAUAUAUAAUAAAUAAAAAAAUGCCAAUGCUUCGGUUUCGAAACUGGACGAUUUUGUACAGAUAACAUAAAUUAUUCACGUUAUUUCCCAUUUACGUGUUACGUUGUUAGAAAUAGAAAAGUUAACCUCACAAAUAAAUUCAUUGAAAACAGAUUUGGACAGUGUUACUAAAAAUUAUGAAUAUGCCCAAAAGGACAUAUGUGAACAUAUAUCGGUGAUGGAUAAUCUGCUUGAUUUAUGUAAUAAUAAUAAAGAGCGAUUUGAAUCUUUGACAUUACAAUAUGCUAAUUGCAAGUGCCACUGCUCUAUAUCAGGUUCUCCACUACCAGACCAUUCCAAUAGUCAAAAUCAAUAUUCUAUUUCUACCUGUAAGCCCGUUGUAAACAAUAUAAUUAAACCUUUGCUUACAACAAACAUUAUUAAAAUAUUCAGUGAUGAACUAGGGAAAAAUAUGGGUGUAGCGCUGAAUGAUCUGUGUUCGGGACAAUCUGUGAUAAAUUAUUGUAUGCCAGGGGCUUCAUGUACCCACAUCCUUAAUAAAAUUUUAAAAGUGACUCAUUGCCCAAACACAACAAUAAUUAUAAUGAUUGGGAGAAGGGGAAAUGCAGAUAUAAGAGAUAUAAAAUAUCAAAUAAAUCAAUUAUUAACACUACAGGUGAAAAAGAUCAUUAUGUUUGCAUUUCCAUUUAUUCAGAGUAUGCCAGCGGAAAACAAAAUGAGACAUAGUAUUAAUGAUUUUAUGCAAACAAUUUCAAAUGUAAAUAAUUAUUAUGUCACGACAUCAUGCAAGUCACAAAAUAUAUUUUACACUAUUGACAUUAAUUGCAUGAUAAAAAAUAAAUGUAUUAGUAUGACAAAACCUAACAAAUACUAUUUAGGUAGCUACAAUUUUAGACAAGUAGCAAACUCGCUACAUUAUUUUUUACACAUUUAUCUAGCCAUGAAUUUGGCUAAUCAACCUACUGCUUCUUUUGAGCAGGAAAAAAAUAUGACAUCUAUUAAUUUGGAAUCCGUUCCAAGUAAUUUAAAUUAAAUACUAAGACAACAGAGUUUACCUCUUGCAGUAAAUAUGAUUUAUUUGGACACAGCCCAUCAACAAAUACUGUUUCUUUGAAAACAACUGUGAUCAACCUGGUGCAUCAGAACUUACAAGGUUUGAUGGGUAAAGAACUUGAAAUUGAUUUGUUUCUAGAUUACAACAAAGUCAACUUUCUAUGUGUAACUGAACAUUGGCUUAAAAAAUAUGAAUUAAAUUGUAAUUUUAAAAAUCACCAGGUUAUGAGUUCCUUCUGCAGAGAGAAUGCUAUACGAGGAGGCUCUCUUAUCAUUGUUAAUAAAGAUUAUAAAUGUAAGGAACGUAGAGACAUUGUGAGCCUCUCUGUGGAACGGAUUAUUGAAAUGGCAUGUGUAGAGCUUGAGCGAUUCAUUGUUGUAAGUGUGUACAGGCCCCCGAAUUCGUUAUAUGAUUCUUUUGAAAAUAUAUUGGAACAUGUUUUAUUAAAGCUCUCUGUUUCUAAUAAACAUAUUUUUAUCUGUGGUGAUUUUAAUAUAAAUUUAUUAGAAAAUACAAAUGCCACUAUUAGAUUCAGAACAUUGUUAAAAUCAUAUAACCUUAGCAAUUUAUUUUCAGAGCCCACAAGAAAAACUAGCACAUCGGCAACCUGUAUAGAUAAUAUUUUCACAAACGUAAAACCUUUGCAUAAAUAUAUUAUUAAUCAUUUAAGUUCAGACCACAGUGGACAAUUCAUAUCUUUUAAAAUUAAAUCUGUUACAGAUGUUAAUAGUUCAAGAAACCUACAGUUUGUUCCUAUUAAUAUUAGACGUAUGGAGAAGUUUAGAGGUAAAGUUUUGACAAGAAUUGCGAAUGUUUGUUAUAGUGAAGAUCCUAAUGUUCACUACAUGGAUUUAUUUAAUUGCAUUAAUGAUGAAUUUAGUGCCAUCUUUACUUCUAAAACUCUGAUCUUACAUAAUAAAAGAUCAUUCAAUGAAUGGGCGACUGUUGGAAUUCACAAAAGUAGGCAGAGAUUAUAUGACCUUUAUCAUGAAAAAUCCUAUAAUCAUAAUAAGUCAUUUCAUGAGUAUGUCUGUAAAUAUUCCAAGCUUUUUAAAAAAGUCUGUACAUUGGCCAAGUCAUUGCACUUAGGCAAACUUAUAAAAAAUGCACCUGACAAAAUUAAAAUGACUUGGAAUAUCAUUAAUAGGGAGACUGGGAAUGUCAGAAACAGCAAUGCUGAAUCAAUUUUGAAAAUCAAUGAUAAAAUAAUAACUUCUCAUCAAGAAGUGGCCAGUGCUUUUGAGCGCUACUUUGCUGAUAUCCCAGCUUCUACUACAAAAUCUUUAAUUUCAUCUCCUACCGUCGCCGAAUCAUUACUGCAAGAUCAUGUUGAUGAAUGCAGUGUUAACUUUAAGUUCACAAAUAUUGCUAUAAAGGACAUAAUUGAUAAUUUCAAGACCAUUAAUAUUAAAAAAACUGGUGAUUUAUGGGGAAUAUCAAUUAAGGUUAUAAAAUCCAUUAUUGAUAUAAUCGCACCUUACCUUGCUACAAUAUUUAAUGACUGUAUUUAUAAUGGUGUGUUUCCUGAUCUAAUGAAAUAUAGUAAAAUAAUACCUCUGUUUAAAUCUGGUAGUACUUUUGAUCCCACUAACUUUAGACCCAUUUCAGUACUACCUACAUUGAGUAAAAUUUUUGAAAAAAUUAUUUUGGUACAGCUUUUGAACCAUUUCUAUUCCAAUAACCUGCUUCAUAACAAACAAUAUGGAUUCACUAGAGGUCGUUCGACUAUUGAUGCAGGUGUAGAUCUUAUUAAAAAUAUUUUUCAGGCUUGGGAGGAAUCGCAUAAUGCCCUUGGGGUAUUCUGCGACUUAUCUAAAGCUUUUGAUUGUGUUGAGCAUAAUACAUUGUUGAGGAAAUUACACCAUUAUGGUAUUAGGGGCGUUUCAUUAGAACUUAUUAAAUCUUAUUUAUCCGGAAGAAUCCAAAAGGUAGACGUUAAAGGAAAGAGAUCUUCCGGUGUCUUACUUAAUAUGGGUGUUCCUCAGGGUUCCAUAUUGGGUCCCUUCUUAUUUCUUGUGUAUAUCAAUGAUUUACCAAAGUUUAUUGAAACCCGUCACGAGGUCGUAUUAUUCGCUGAUGAUACAUCCUUAUUGUUUAAAAUUAAACGACAAUUGGAAGAUUAUGACGAUGUGAAUGAUGCUAUCUCGCGCGUGGUACAUUGGUUUAGUGUUAAUAAUCUGUUAUUAAAUAACAAAAAAACAAAAUGUAUAAAAUUUACCACACCCAAUGUUAGACAAGUAGACACUAAUAUCAUUGUAAGUGGAGAGACACUGGAGCUUGUUGAUUCGACAGUUUUUCUUGGUAUAACAGUUGAUUCCAGGCUGCAGUGGGGUCCUCACAUAUGCAAGUUAGCGAAUAGACUUAGUUCUGCAGCGUUUGCGGUAAAAAAAAUACGAACGUAUACUGAUGAAGAUACGGCACGUCUAGUUUAUUUCAGUUAUUUUCAUAGUGUUAUGUCCUAUGGCAUUUUGCUGUGGGGCAAUGCUGCCGAUGUCGAAACGAUUUUCAUCCUGCAGAAGAGGGCUAUUCGUGCUAUUUAUAAUAUGCACCCGAGGGAAUCCUUGAGGGACAAGUUUAAGGAAAUCAAAAUUCUAACUUUAGCGUCCCAAUACAUUUUUGAAAAUUUAUUGUACGUGCGUAAAAACAUUGUAGAAUUCCCCAGAGUCUGCGAUUUGCAUAAUGUGAACACUAGGAACAAACAUAGGCUUGCGUUACCGGCGGCUCGAAUUAAGAAAAUAAGCAACUCUUUCAGGGGGCUGGGUGUACAACUUUUCAACAAGAUCCCACAAAACGUUCAACUACUACCUGUUCAUAGAUUUAAGAAAACUGUCAAGGAACGUUUGUGCAACAAGGCAUAUUAUAAAGUUAAGGAUUUUUUACUAGAUGGCACUACGUGGGAAUGAGGCGUUCGCUCCUGGCCUUUUCAUUUUUCAUUAUUAUUAUUAUUUAUUUGAAUUGUAUUUUUUUGACUUGUCUUUUUGUAUACUGUAAAUAUGUUUACUUGUUUUAAAAAAAAAAAAGAAGAAAAUAGUUGAGAAAAUACAUAAAAAAGCCCGCUGAGUUUGUUUCGCCGGUUCUUCUCAGGACUGUGGCUUUUUUGGAACCGGUGGUAGAGUUAACAUUUUCUUUUACAUUUUGACAUUCAACAAGUGUGUUUUUGAUGACAUCCAAGUUGAAAUAAAUGAUUUUGAAUUUGAAUUUGAAUUUGAAUUUGAAUUUGAAUUACUGUAAUCGAUAUUAUUUAGUGAAUGCCUGAUAUGCUGAAGCUUGCAUAAUAUUUUGAUCUCUUGCGACAACGAAAACCUAUUUUUAAUGACAAACGUUGUGUUUAAAGCUUUUUUUUGUUAAAAUAUUCAUAAAAAUAUGUAUUGUGUUUAGAAACAAUAUUACGGCAAAGAUCCUUAGGCGGAAAUAAAAAAGCGGGAAAAUAUGCUUUAGUCAGUUACAACACUAGUGACAUCUAGUGACGCUCCGCUCGGACUAUCGCUAAUUGUUUGAAAAAACAAGUCGUCCCACCCCCCCACCUGUCGUGCGUCGAUGGUACUAUAUCAGAAGUCUAGACUGGUGUGCCAAGAACUACUGUCUUAAGCUUCACUAUAAUCGAAUGAAUUAUUUAAUAACACAUAGAGAAUAAGCAUACAAAGAAAUAUUGUUUUUCAUUGAAUGAGAUUUUAAAAUAACAUAUUAAUAUUUAAUUUUGAGGAAAUAUAGAAUAUGUCGAGAUGCAUAUGCAGGCGGGGUAGGUCUGUAAUACAAUAAAUAUUUAUAAAUAUUGAGGGAGUUCGUGGUUGAUGUUUAACAUUAGUCGAUUCUUACGUGACGAUUUAAAACUAAGCUGACAAAAGGUUUACGGAUGUUACAUUUGAGGCCUAUAAAAUCAAAGGCAGCUAAACGCCAUAAUGUCGUAAAAUUAUUAACAAUGGUGCUAUCUUGUUUAGUUAGUUGGACACGCUUUAGUGUGUUCAUGUUAUAACAAAUGCAGCUAAAUCUCUAACAAAUUCAGUUCAAAAAAAUUAUUUUUACUCGGUACUGAGUACUAAUAAAUGAAGUUUUAUCAUUUAAAAUUCAGAUUAUUAGUAAUGUUCUCAUUUUUUAUAAAUCUGCUUUAAUAUAAAGAAUAUCGUAGCUAUUCGAACAAAGUUAUUUCAGCUUCUCAAACCGGGAGUGUUGCUAACACUGGCCCUAGCAAGGGCAGUACUUCGAUGGAUCGGGAGGAUCCGUAAUGACGUGUUGAGAGCCGAUUUUUGUAGUUUAUCUGAGUAUUUGACAGACUUGGAUUUAGCUGCCUUUGAUUUUAUAGGCCUCAUUUAAGCAUUGAGUUAUAUUUUAACUCUCUGCAUUGAAGUUUGUUCGAAAACCGAUUGUUCUAUGUCCAAUUGAGUUUCGGAGUGCGGGCGUAAAACCUCAAUGUGAUUAUAAUUAAGAAAACAAAUCUAGAUUAAUUGUUGUAAAACUGGGCAGAGCAAUAAGAGGCUUUUAAAUUGCUGAUUGAAUUCAAUAGUAGAAGUAGAGUACGUGCUAUAGUUUUUUUGAAAUUUGAUUUCACAUGUACGGUAGCUGGGUCUGUGUUUGCGAUCGAUAAUCUAUUAGUAAUAAUGACCGGAUGAAUUAUCAGCGUUAGCUAAAAGCAAAACCAUGGGUUACAAAACGAAAAAUCAUAAAGCCUUUAAAUAGAUGAGCGAUAGAAUAAAAGAGACUAUGCUUGUACGUACUAUGAUAGGUCAUUUAUUUAGUUACAUGUAUAGUCAUACAUUAAUUUUGAAGAUACAGACAGUUAUCACAAAUGAAGACAGUCUUGAAUUUUCAUUUUUCAUCUUGCUAAUGAAUUCAAACAGCAUAAUAUUCAACUAACUAUCUUAAGCUUUUUACGUGUUACCUUUUUAAGCUCAAUUGUAACAAUUGCUCAUAAUAACGUUAUGAUUGUAGCUUUUGAUAUGAAAACAAGUUUUUUGCCUAUCAUUUAAUGUGCAGAGUGUGGUUUGUCAAAUGAUAACUUGACAGAUUAUUCUACGAUUCAAGAAAUAGAUAUAUAUUUUUGGUGUAUCGUAAAAGAAAUGCAAUAUCUACAACAAAAUGAAAAUCUGUUAAAAAUAACGAGUUUUUAGCAUUUAUAGAUGGUAUUGAUGUCAACAAUUUGCCCAUCCAAAUUCUAUACGAAUACUGGGUGAAAACGUAGCAAACAAACUUUUUCAAUCCACACCAAAAUUUUCAAAGAAUUCAAAUAAGUAAAUUAAAAUUUCUUCAAAAUACGUAUUGUACUGAUAUUAAUUUAUAUUAUUCUAAAGUUAAUAUUCUUAAGAUAUAAAUAAAUAUGUUGAUGUACGCUACAUCAUUGUACUAUUGUUAAAUGCUUAGAAGUUUAUUUCGCUUUGAUUACAUUCUUAAAUCACAUUGUAUAUUAAGGCGCGUUUUGUUCUUUCAUAUGGACCAAAGUUUUUGAAAACUUCUAUUUUGUAUAUCUGUACUUUUAUUUUGGAAAAAAGAUUGUAUUUUCCGAGGUGCUUUAUGGGCAACCCCUUUGCUGAAUUUAUUUACUGAUAAUCUGUUACAAGUGACAUUUCAAAAGUAUUGUCCGUUUCCUUUAUUUCAUAAUGUCAUGUUAAGAACUUUAUGGCGGGAACGCGAGGAGCGAAAUUGUGUGAAUUGUUUUAUUUUGUCUAUUUAGUGUUUCUUCACGUUGAGAUGUGGAAUAACGAUGGCUUAUUAACUGUUUAGUAUCUGUGAAAGUGCACAAAUGUGGGAAAAUUAAACAAAACCACUGGAAGUAGCUUCUCGAGAUCCUCCUAAAAAGUCCACUGAAAAAGUGUCAGUAAAUAACCACCAUUUUACUGAGAUUAUAUUUCAUCCCAUAUCAUCUCAUCUCAUUUAAUUUCAUGCCAAUUGAUUAAUGUUCCAAAUUAAUCGACUACCUUUCAUUUCACUUCAUAUUAUCAUUUUUUCAUAAGGAAAAUUGUAAAAGAUUAGGCUGUAUGGUAUGAUACCUUUGCCUUUCUAGUUGGAAAAAUAGAACUACUACUACUGUCAUGUCAAGCAAUUGUUCGUCAGACGUUAAAUGAAAAUUAAACUAAAUCAAAAUCGUUAUGUACCUACCUAUUAUGGAGGAUAGAGGUAAGGAGAACCGUCUCAUAUGGGAGAAGCUUGAAAAAGUGUCCCACUUUCAGCACUAAAUAGCAGUUCAAAAAAUCCCCCAGAAUGGCGCUAGCAUAGGCACAGGGUAUGAUAUGAAUUGAGCAGUUGUUAACUGAUUGAAGUAUGCUGAGUUAGGAAAUUUAAUAUAUUUAAUGACUAGAGUAGUUAGUACGUACUCCAAAUUAAUUUCGUCAAUAUAACUUAAAAUUAUUACUGUGGUAAAACGCGGAGACUUCGAUUGCAUUUUCUUAUCAGCUUUAAAUAAAAUACUUUUUGUAAUUUUGUAGUGCUUACAGUUCUUUCGUUCUUUUUUAAUCCUCUAAUAUCUCUCUAUCUUCUAUCUCUCUCUAUCUUAUUCUAAUAAUUUUCAGCGCCUUUUUUAAAAUUUACCCGUUUGCUACUGUAGCGUCACCCUUAUUUAGCAGAUUUUAAAGGGCACUUUUUCACACCGAGACGGUUCUCCUUACCUCUACCCUCCAUAUAGCAGACGCUAAGUACCGUACAUAUUGAAAAUAAAAUUACUUAUAUCAAUAUCGGUACCUGCAUAGGUAGUGUGCAAUAAUAGAAAAAAAAAGAAAUAAUUCUAGCUUCACUAAGGAAUAUAUUUUCAUUUUUCCUUUUAGUCUAGUUCAUUAUGACGCCCUGAUUGUUACGAUUAAAAUAUGUUUUUUUUAUUAUGGAAUGAUUUAUUAAGGUAUUUAUGAAAUAUUUAUUAAGACAUCAUAACACUACUUUAAGCAAUGUGCAAUAUAAAGUUUUUCUCGCAUUUUAUAAAAUAUUAGUUAGUUUUCUUCAAAUUUUGCAAUUUUGCUAAAUGGAAAUCAUGAUCCCGAAUUUGUUUUAAAGGAACGAUCAGUAACAAAUAAGUUAGUUGCUCAACAAUUAAAGUUCAAUUUAAAAGUUGAGAUUUACUAAAUCUGUUACCAUGAAAUAUUUAAGCGUUAGAGCUUGUGGAUUUAUGUAACAGCUAAUAAUUUUACAUUUUAUUGUAUUAACAUUCCAUAUGUUAUAAUGGUCCUUUGUAAUGAGAUUUUUUAUUACAUGCGAAAUAAAAUAUUUUAUAAAUUUUA